UUACUCCUACAAAUAGGUUUCCAACAUUAAUCCUAGGUUGAGGGAACAUAUAGUUCAAUUUGAUCAUUUUCGCUGCCAUGAUGGUGAAGAAAAUAGAGGUGAAAGUUAGCAUUCACUGCCAUAAGUGCAAAAGCGAUGUAUUGAAGUCAGUCACUAAACUUCAAGGCAUUGAUCAGGUAUCGGUGGAUAGUGAGAAGGGGAUAUUAACUGUUAUUGGGAAUGUUGAUCCUGUUUUAGUUGCAAACCAAGUGAGGAAGACCGGAAAGGUAGCAGAGCUCACUGGUGUUGGUCCACCGAAGGCUAAAGAGACUCCGCCGCCCAAACCCCCUACGCCUGUAUGUAUACGUGACUGCUGUUGUAACAAAUGCCAGCUUGUAGCCGUCAGCUAUGCUGUUCCCUAUGACAACAAUCCAUUUUGCUCUAUCCUGUGAGAGAUUAUAGCAUCUAAUGUGUCAACUUUUAUUGAUAUACAUUGAUUCAAUUAAGCAUGAUAUUGACUGCAAUUAGUUUAUAAUGAUUUUUUACAUUUCCCUAAGAAGAUGCUACCAAUGCUAGUCUUCAAUUUAGUAGUGAAUGGUUUGUGCAUUUGGUCAUUGAUAAAAUCUCAUUUUUGCAAAUGUUUGUGAAAAUGUUUAGCUGCUGCUUUUUUUUU